AUGGAAAAAGACAUUAACUUGCGUUUACUGGACGCAAUUUCUCUCGAGAAAGUUUCUCUUGUUGAGCAGCUUUUAGAGCAAGGCGCAGACAUAUGGUUCAAAGACGAAAAGGGAAUAAGUCCUUUGCAUUUCGCGUGUUCAAAUGGCAAUUUAGAAAUUGUUAAAUUAUUGCUUCAAAAUGGUCACGCUUGGAAUGUUGUUGACAAUGAAGGAAUCACGGCUGGCGAAUACGCUAAACGUAAAAGUCAUGAGUUGGUUUAUGAAUUGCUUCUCGAAGAAGGAUGUAGAGCUGAAUUGAUAUUAGGAUUACUUUGUUCAAAAACAAAGAACGAAAAGACAUCAAAUGCUGAUUACUUAUCACAACCUCUGAAGUAUUCACAUGAUGGAACUAAAUUACUUGAUUAUGAAAACAAUGGUGUCAUGAUGGGAUGGGAGAAGCCUUUAAUGGAUAGACAUGCGGAAAUCAUAUGCGUUAAGGAAGGUCUUGAUAUUUUGAAUAUAGGAUUUGGUUUGGGACUAAUUGAUACCGCAUUUCAACGAUACAAACCUCGCAAUCACACAAUAAUUGAAGCUCAUCCAGAUGUUUAUAAAUUCAUGAUGAAACAGGGUUGGAACGAUAAACCAGGUGUAAAAAUUAUUCAUGGACGUUGGCAGGACGUAUUAGACCAAAUUGAUACUUAUGAUGGCAUUUUCUUUGAUACUUUUGGAGAGUAUUAUGAAGAUCUACGUGAAUUUCAUAAAGUACUGCCAAAUAUUCUCAAAACUGACGGAACAUAUUCAUUUUUCAAUGGACUAGGAGCCACCAACUCAUUUUUUCAUGAUGUUUAUUGUCGUAUAGCAGAAAUGCAUUUGGCAAAUGUUGGAUUGCAAACUGAAUAUAUAGAGAUUCCAAUUGAUCUUUCUAACGAUGAGAUAUGGGAAGGAGUUAAAAGUCGCUAUUGGACAUUAGAUACGUAUAGAUUACCGAAAUGCCAAUUCAUGUUAGAAUUAUAA